AUGAGACGCAGGUGUGGCGCGGGCCGGGGGAACGCGGGCGGGCGGCGGGCGGGGGGGGCGCGGGGGGGGGACGGGCCGGGGGCAUCCGAGCUGACGGCCCCCGUCCCGCUUCCCUCCCGGCGCAGCGAGCUCCUGGCCGGCGAGUCGGUGGCCUGCCUGACCCAGGCUCUGAGACACCUGCGCGGCAUCUGGGAGGAGAUCGGCAUCCCGGAGGAGCAGCGGCUGCAGCGCACGGAGGUGGUCAAGAGGCACGUCCAGGACCUGCUGGACCGGAUGGUGGUGGAGGAGGAGAGCCUCCGGGAGCGGCUGCUGAAGAGCAUCGAGCUGUGCCGGAGGGAGCUGGCCGCCCUGUGCCAAGAGCUGCAGCUGGCGCCCUUCCAGGAGGCGGAGGAGGCCACUAUCCUGCAGCUGGAGAAGGAUCUACGCACCCGCGUGGAGGUGAUGCUCAAGCAGAAGCGCGAGAGGCGGCAGGAGGUGCGCGCCCUGCAGGAGCGCGACCGGGAGCUGGCCGGGCUGCUCGGACGGGCGCCCUACAGCAGCAUCGGCAGUGGCGAGGCUGUGCCCACCCUGGCCGAGCUGGACCACUUCCGGCGCCACCUGGCAUCGCUGGCAGCUGAGAAGGAGAACCGGCAGGCAGAGUUCAUCCGCCUGAAGCAGCAGGUUGUCCUCUGCAUGGAGGAGCUGGAGCAGCAGCCCAGCACUGCCUUUGAGCAAGAGGUCGUGUGCCAGAACGCAGGCGUCUUCUGCCUCUCCCUGGAUAACUUGGCUGCCCUGAAGGAUCUGCUGCAGCAGCUGGAGGACAGGAGAACUCGGAAAGAGGCCGUAUGUGAAGAGAUGCGCUCCCGCAUCCUGAUGCUCUGGGACUGGCUGCAGGUGCCUCCCGAGGAGAGAGACGCCUUCGCUCCGUACAUGGAGGGCUCCAGAGCCAGCAUUAUGAACGCUCUGCGCCUGGAAGUCGACCGCUUGGAAGAACUGAAGUGCCAGAACCUGCAGAAGGUGGUGGAGGCCAUUCGGGCUGAGCUGGCCACCUACUGGGACAAGUGCUUUUUCGGGGAAGAGCAGCGGCGCUCCUUUGGCCCCUUCUAUGAAGACACCUUCACUGAAGAGUUGUUGCAGCAACACAACAAUGAGUUUGUGCGACUGAAGCAUUAUUAUGAGACGCAUCAAGAGCUCUUUGAAGCAAUCCACAAGUGGAAGAGGAGCUGGUGUCUCUUUCAGGAGCUCGAGAAAAAGGCCACCGACCCAAGUCGCUUCACCAACCGAGGAGGCAACCUCCUGAAAGAAGAGAAGCUGCGCGCCAAGCUGCAGAAGACCCUUCCCAAGCUGGAGGAGGAACUGAGGGUCCGCGUUGAACUGUGGGAGCAAGAGCAUGCUCAGGACUUCCUGGUGAGCGGGCAGCGCUUCAUGGAGCACGUGACCGAGCAGCGGCGCCUCCAUCAUCUGGAGAAGGAGAAGGAAAGGCAGGAGCGGCAACUCAAAAAGUCCCGACAGACAGAGGAGGAGAUGCUCUAUGGCAGCACCCCCACCAAGAGACGGGCUUUGGGUAUCACUACACCUGGCAAAGCACGAAAACUCAACAUUACCACUACAACUCCCAACAGCACCAUCCGCUCAGCCCUGAGAGGUUCAGUGCUAAAUUCCCCUGGAUGCCACACACCCCUGUCAGGAGGGAAGCCUCUCCGGACCCCCACCCCUUUGGUUGCCAAGACCCUUUCCAAAGUCCAGACGGAACGCAACAAGGAGAACGUCUCUCAGCUCAACAGAACAGUUCUGAGCGGUGGGUGUACCCUGACAGCCCCUGCCCAGCACAAUGGCAGUAUUUACUCUGUUGCCAGCACCUAUUCAGCAUUUGCGCACGCACUUUCAGAGGCUUCCAGAUCUGAGCACCCGUCCCAAGUCCUCAACUCCACAGCUUCCAAUCCUGAUGGCUGAAGGGGGGGCGUUGCCAACCCUGGAUCCUCUCAUCAUAUAGGAUGUGGCAUGAACUGGACCUUCUGGGGCCUGGUUUAUGCUACCACUUU